AUGGAGCUUGACUAUCGCAUUCUGAGCGACGGUUGGAGAACGGUUAUCCCGAGCAACGCCUUUGAAUCUGGAAUCAAGAAGGGAUGCUCAAAAUUCACAGAGCAUAGAUUGGCGAAUGCUCUUAUGAGCGAGGAGAGAGAUGUGUUGGUUCUGAUCAAGAAGUUGAUGAAGCCCCCGCACGAUGUUCAGGCCGAGAAGCUCUCUAGAGAUGUUUACUGUGCCGCAACUGCAGAAUAA